AUGCAUGCGGUAAGCUGGGCCAUAGCCGCAAGCGACGCCGAAUGCCCAAUCCGAUUCCUGGUAUCAGCCCACAGUCCGUUUGUUCUGGGCCUGCGAGCCAUGCGGCUACUACAAGGAUCAAUCACACUACAUAGCAAAAACGAUAUGACAAUCACCUCACAUUAUCAACAUUUGAUUGUACAGUGUUCCGGUAACGUUGGUGGCACGAAAGUUCCGUCAGUAAAGUUGGAACCGGACGGUGAACCUAUUUUCCUAAAACGACGCGUCCUCCCAUACGGUGAACGGGAAUGUAUCCUGAAAGCGUUACAGAAAAUGGAGCAGGAUGGUGUGAUAAACAAAGUUGAAUCCAGUGCCUGGGUGACCUCGAUUGUCUUGUCGAUGAAAAGUGAUGGCAGGACACCAUUGAUCUGUGGAGACUAUCGACUGACGUUGAAUCGCAGAUUGCGGAGAUGUGCAGCGACCAAGGUCAAUUUGGCGAACACAUACCUACAGAUUCCACUCGAUGUCGAAUUUCGCUACUUGACGAUAAUCAACUCGCUGUGGGUAACGUACCAGUAUAAUUUUCUUCCGUUCGGAUUGCAUGCGUCGUCUGGCCUCUUUGAAUCAGCCAUAGACAGUGUAAUCAAAGGACUCGACGGAGUACUGGUAUAUCAAGAUGACGUCCUUACUUUCGUCCUUUAUAAGAACGAACACGAUGCCCGUCUCACGCAGCUACUGGAAUGA